CGCUUACAGGCAGUAGGCGCAAAACCAGAGCGCUGAGUCUCGUCGCUGCGCUGCGCUUCUCCGCACGGAGAUAUUAACGGGAAACUACACAAGAAGGACUGCGGGAUUUAACCACAUUUGGGAUUUUUUUUUUAAACUGCAGAUGCGCACGUUAUUUAACUGAAAAUACCUUUGAUUACGCACAGAUCCCGCAAUGAUUCACUGCUGAUUUAGGGAUAUUUGUAUCUCCUGAAUGGCUCGUAGUUGGAUACGAUAGCCUCCAAAACGCACGGAUUACACGCGCCGCAGUCCUGCUGGACUCUAGUCUAAACACGCGCUGUGGUUUCCAGGGCGACCCAAAUACACGUUGGGUCAGAGGAGGUUAUUAAUAACCGUGCCAACAUUUACAGAGGGCAGCCGCUCCGUGUUGCGGUGACCAUGCCCGGGAUUAAGUUGUCGUUCAGCGGGGCAGCACUGCUGGUCUUGUCCGGGCUGGUCGCUCCGCUCUGCGGGGUGAAGGCUUUCGGCGAUGAGGUGGAGGAAAUGACCUGCGACCCGAUCCGGAUCAGCAUGUGCCAAGGUCUCGGUUACAACGUUACCAAAAUGCCCAAUCUGGUCGGCAACGUGCUUCAGUCAGACGCCGAGCUGCAGCUGACCACGUUCACUCCGCUCAUACAGUACGGCUGCUCCAGUCAACUCAAGUUCUUUCUGUGCUCAGUCUACGUGCCAAUGUGCACCGACAAGGUUCCCAUCCCCAUUGGUCCGUGUGGUAGCAUGUGUAUGUCUGUCAAGAGGAAGUGCCUCCCGGUACUCCAUGAGUUUGGCUUCAUUUGGCCUGAGGUGCUCAACUGCAGCCUCUUCCCACCUCAAAACGACCACAACCACAUGUGCAUGGAAGGCCCGGGGGACGAGGACCCACCCUACCAGCCCGUUCGUCAUCCUCCCCACCAGGAGGACUGUCAGGCACUGGGAUCUGCACCUGACCAGUAUACCUGGUUAAAACAGACUGAAAGCUGUGCUCUACAGUGUGGCUAUGACAGCGGGCUCUACCGACGAGGGGCCAAAGUCUUUACGGACGCGUGGAUGGCGGUGUGGGCCGUGCUGUGCUUCCUGUCGACGACUCUGACGGUCCUGACCUUUCUGUUGGAUUCACAGCGCUUCUCAUAUCCUGAAAGGCCCAUCAUCUUCCUAUCUAUGUGCUGUAAUCUGUACAGCGUGGCCUACCUGGUACGAUUGACUCUGGGAAGGGAGCGUGUUUCCUGUGACCUGGAUGCCACUGCGGUACCAAUCCUAGUACAAGAAGGGUUAAAGAGCACCGGCUGUGCCAUAGUCUUCCUCUUGCUCUACUUCUUUGGCAUGGCUUCCUCCCUCUGGUGGGUGAUCCUGACCCUCACUUGGUUCUUGGCUGCUGGACUGAAGUGGGGCCAUGAGGCUAUAGAAAUGCACAGCUCCUACUUCAACAUAGCAGCUUGGGCCAUCCCAGCCGUUAAAACCAUCGUCAUCCUCAUAAUGCGACUGGUGGAUGCAGACGACCUAACUGGACUCUGCUACGUUGGCAACCAGCAGCAAGAGGCACUCACAGGCUUUGUGGUGGCACCACUGGCCACAUACCUUCUUAUAGGCACUCUGUUCAUCUGCGCUGGCCUCGUGGCUCUUUUCAAGAUCCGCUCCAACCUGCAGAAGGACGGUGCCAAAACAGACAAGCUGGAGCGUUUAAUGGUGAAGAUCGGAGUGUUCUCGGUUCUCUACACUGUGCCAGCGUCCACCGUCAUUGGCUGUUACCUCUACCAGCUCUCUCACUGGGGGGAGUUCAGGGCCAGCACCCGGGACUCGUAUGUGGCAUCAGAGAUGCUUCGAAUCUUCAUGUCACUGCUUGUAGGCAUCACAUCAGGUAUGUGGAUCUGGUCUGCAAAAACCCUCCACACCUGGCAGCGCUGCACUGCCCGCCUGCUCAGGGAUAGCAGGGCGAGCCGGGGGGGCAAGAGGGCACCGGGCGAGGGCUGGAUCAAACCGGGGAAAGGCAACGAGACGGUAGUGUGAGGAGGAAGAGAGAGAGAGAGAGAACGGACAGGAAUGGACUUCUACCUGCUUCACUGUCACUUACAGAAACUCACCAAACUGAAGAUGGAGAGGACGGGACAGUGAUGAGAGGGAGUAGCGGGAGAUUCUCAAGGAAGCCACUGGAUGUGAUGGCAUCGUAAAAGCUCCCUGAGAGUCCGCAAGCAUGGUUCACCCCCUCUCACUGCCUCUCACAUGGGUUAAGGAGGAGAGAAGUGGAGGAUUUGGGUCAUACAUAAGUUACAACAGCAGCCUCUCUACCUCUGUUAGACUUCCUUUUCCCAGAGAGGUAGAGAAAGCCAAUAAUGGAGAAAGAGAGAUCGAAAGGCCAGAACAGAAGCAUCAAUAUGCAGACCAGACACGGCAAUAAGAUGUGUAGCACCAUGUCUACCUCUCUGCCUCUCUUUUCUCCAGAGCCCUCAGCAGAAGAGACUGAACCUGCUGUAACCCUCAUGCCGUUGUGUCUUUUUUUUAAGGGUCUUUUGAAAUUUAGAAUUUUACACUGGAGGGUCCUGGUGCAGACAUUAUGCAGGGUUGACGUUUCCCAAAAGCAUCUGACAACCUGAGGUCCUGUCGGGUUUUCACGUCACCCCAUGGGAGAACUUAAAUGAAAUACGAGAACAAAAUUAAUUAUAAUCGGAUGAAAACAUAUUAAAUAUGGCCUUAAAUCUGUGAUGCGUUUACAUUUGAACAACAAUAUUAUACAUUUUUGUAAAUGAUAACUUUUUGUACAAUAUAUAAAAGAGCAGGUGAUUUUAUUGCUCAGAAUUCUUUGGGAAACCAGCUCUAAGCUGUAAUAAUGCACUAUAGUUGUAUACAAUAUGUGAAGUGUCCGUACUUUACCAGGGACGGCAUGAGAGCCUUUAACAGAUGCAGAAAAAAUAACUCCAAUGUGGUUAAAUUCACAAGAUCUUUUCGACACAAACAUUGUGAAGAGCAGACAAAGACAAUAAGGUGAGAUUAUUUUUUUUAGUGUGUGUGUUGUACGUUUAGGUAAAAUCUGUGGGUAGUUUUAAAGUCAUACCGCAAUGAAUCCUGGGAGAAACCCAGCUGUGCCUUUUUUAUUGACCCGUAAAUGUAGAAGAGGUAAGGCAUCUGGGAAAUGUAGGCCUGUGUGCUUUACCUCAGCAGUCGGUGAAAAGCUCUGCUACUUUCCAAUGAUGUGUGCAGUCUUUGUGGGAACCCUGUACCGCGUAUGCUCUUGAGUUACCAUGAAAGCCAGGAAAUUAAAUUAAUUCCCCCUGCCCUCCUUUCCAAACAUUGGACCAGAGGCACGUUAAAGAAUUAGAGGUUAUUAGACAAUCACUGGCCAAGAGACACAUUAUGAAAUAACAAAGAGCCGUCACAAGCACAUAUAGCAGGUAGUUCCCACGCAUCUCAUCCACCAGCAGUUAUGAUCCCUCCUACAAUACCACCAACAAUAAGCCCAUAUCUGCAAAAUUGUGUCUCCUUGCCGUCUGUUUGCAUUUCAUCGCUCAGUUUCUUUUUAAAUCCCCUCAGUUCAAUAAUGAAAUCACAGAAGCACAAGGAAAUUGUCACUAUUUAUUAGUGUCUGUCUGUUCGAUGUUCUCAUUGGUCGCCUGCAGGCCUGUUUCUCUUUAGCCCCGUCUAUUACAUCAUGGCUCGUUUCCCAGACAAUCAAGUCGUCCUUGCAAAAGAUUACAUUUCAGAAGUUCAUCUCCCAACAUUUUAAUCCUGCAGUUCCCCUCUAAACCUGCUUAUAGACUGUACUAUAAGCUUGAAUUACAAUGCGCUACUUCUGGUCUUACUGCUGCACUUACCAAAUUCUGCAACUGCUCCUGUAUAUUUUUGCCUGACAAUCUAUCUAGCAAAGCUCUAGCGUUUCAGUGAGUCUUUGAAUGUAUACUAUGCAGGUGUGUGUCACGUUACACCUUCUACUUUAAGUAGGCUGUUUAAAUGUAAAAGGACUCAAAUGAUUUGGAGCUUUGCCCCCUGUGUGUCAUGAAACCAGAUCGUACCUCGCACCGCCCGUCACAGGUAUUUUUUAACAUAAUGUUUAGAAUGGGACAGAAAAUAACUUAUGUAUGGGCUGCCUUUUGCCCCCAAAACUAAAUGUAACACGCCCUUAUUACAUUCAAAGAUACUUUUGGGGGUUUGGGUGAAAACCUAGAGCCCUGACACACCAGUGUUUCUCAAACAAGCGUCCAUGGCACACCUAUUACAUUUCCAAAGUGAAAUAAACAUUACAUUGAGUUAAAGUGAAUUAAAUUAACCUCUGACCACUAAUGCAGUUUCACUCUGAAAGGGUCUUAAUGUUUGGCUGUCUCCUCUGGAAUGCUCACGCAGAGCUUCAGGUGACAUUACCAAGCAAUCACUGAACGUAUGUGCCUUGCAACAUGCAGAGUGUGUGCCACGGCCUAAUGAAGAUUGAGAACUACUGGUUAUACAGGUUUGUAAAUGCUUUUUGGCCAGACAUGCAUCAAUGUCGGGGUCAGUUCACCGACCCUGAUCGUAGCCUUUAAGGUCUAGACUGUUCCUUUGUGUAGAAAACUCCUUGUCUUGAUGAUGUCAUCAAUGUAUUGUAAAGAAAUUGCUAAUUUAUCAUUGUAAAAAAAAGUGACAAAAAAAUGUAAAACUUGUUUGUUAUUUAAAAACGCUUUUGUAUCAGAAGAUGAUGAUGAAUAAAAACUUUUUGGUUUCCG